AUGCUUGAUCGAUUUUGUUUACAAAUUUUACCUGAAAUUCAUUAUAAAAUCAAAUGGCUUGAUCUUGAAUCAUCAUCUAUGGAACGUAUUCUUCUUGCUACAAAUUAUCCGAAUUUAUAUGGAUUUGGUUUAUAUAAUCUUGACGAAGAAAUAAUUAGAUCUCUCUUUAUCGACGAAACUCUAUUAAAUCACAUAUGCAAAAAUCAAAUUUCAUCACUUAUUGUCGAUAUUAGAGAAAAAAAAGCAUGCAUUUCAACAGAUAAUGUAAUUAAACGUGUAUUUAUACAUAUUUUGACUAUGUUUAAUAAUUUAAAAUAUUUAAAUUUUGGUCAAUCAUUACGUUAUGACCGAUUAUCAUUUUAUUUGUCACCUCCAACUGUUAUCUCUUCUACUCUCUUAGAAUUGUAUGUUAAUUUGGAAUAUUUUUCCGAUUGUCUUUAUUUACUUGAUGGACGUUUCAAUCAACUUCAUACACUUUAUGUUGAUAUUGCUGAUAUUCUUCGGUUUCAGUCUUCUGAUUCACAAAUAAUUGAAAAAAUUAAUCAAGAAAAAUUACCUAAUCUCAGAUUUUUUUCACUAUAUUGUGAUUCGUAUAUAAAUGUUUAUGAUGAAUUAAUUGUACCACUUUUACAUCGAAUGUUAAAUUUAGAAAAACUCAGUUUAUAUCUUUUAGUUGAUAACAGAAACACAUUUAUUGAUGGGAUUGAGUUGAAGAAGAAUAUUAUCAAUCAUAUGUCACGUUUAAACAAAUUUGUAUUUAGUAUUUGCACACUCAUGCUUCCUCGUAAUCAGACUGAUUUACGAUCAAAUGAAGAUAUUCAACAUACAUUCAAUGAUUUCCAAGAUAGUCAAAUUAUUUCUUGUAUUGAUUAUUUCAAAGAAAUAAGAAUAUAUAAUGAAUGUCAUAUUUAUUCAUAUCCAUAUAAAUUCAAAGUUUAUAAAAAUAUUACAAAUAAUUUUCCAGGUGGAUUAUAUAAAUGUGUUCGUGAAAUGUCAUUAAUGGAUGAACGACCUUUUGAACAUGAAUUUUUUCUUCGAAUUGCUCAAUCAUUUCCGUUUAUGGAAAAAUUAACUGUAGUUAAUGAGAAACCACAAAAUAACAAACUAUUUAGUGAAUCAAAGAAUGACAAUCAAGGUUUAUCAAUCAUUAAAUAUCCUCAUCUUACUGAUCUUAUACUUUAUGAAGUUCAUGAUGAUUAUAUAGAACAAUUUCUAGUUGAUACGAAAAUGUGUUUGUCGAAUAACAUGGAUCUUUCUAUUCAAUAUGAACCACUUAGAAGAGUGACACACAAUUUUACAAGAUAUGCAACACGAUUUAAUUGUGCAAAACUGAAUUCUUUAUAUUUGAAUGGUAAAGGUCGAGUUCGUAAACAUGUAAAAGCCUAUUUUCCUCACACGGAAAUAUUGUGA